AUGUCAGAGAAUAGCUCAGAAUCACCAUCCCCCUCCAGGAAGAACGGGAAGAAAGCAAAAACUAGCAAAUCCUCGGUGUUAUCCGAAGAGCAAAAAAAAGCACACCAUAUAGCAUCUGAACAAAAGAGAAGAGAGAACAUCCGGUCUGAAUUCGACAAAAUAGUGUCACUUACUCCUACAUUGACAGAACUGGAGAAUAGGUCCGAGUUGAACAUAUUGACCAAGAGUGCUGACUACAUAGACGAGUUACGAGAGGAAAAUGUCAAGUUGGUAGAGCUUUGUCGAAUGAAGGGAAUAAAUGUUCCACAAGAAUUAAUUUAUAAUGGACCGCAGAAUGACGGAAGUGAUAUCGGAACCUAA